AUUUUCUUCUGCUUAAAUUCAAAGUUUUCAGAACGUAGCUUUACAAUAUACAAGGAAUUUCUACAUAUUUUUCGCAUCUGUUGUCGCCUCUCGGGAGUAUUCAUUCCCUCUCAACUUUCCAACAUACGGGGAGUUUCAACACAUUUAUCAGAGCUGUUGCCAGAGUAUUUAAACUUUUUGGAGUCACACGUGAUGGAAGCAUUUGUGGGAAUUCUCGUCGAUACUUUGAAUUCCAUGAUCCAGAAGGAGAGUGGAUUGCUUUGUGGUGUUGCAACUGACAUGGAAAAGCUUGCACGCUUGCUCUCCACCAUCAAGGCAGUCCUUGAAGAUGCUGAGCAGAAGCAAUUCACAGACAAGGCAAUACAACUCUGGUUUCAGGAGCUCAAUGGUGUUGCCUAUGAAAUCGAUGAUGUAUUGGAUGAUUACGCAGCUGAAGCCUCAAGAGUCAAGUACAAAAAUUCUGGUUGUUUUAGUUUGAUGUGUUACCCUAUAGCAGGAAACUUAGUGUUUCGUCACAGGAUUGGGACAAGGAUGAAGGAGAUCCUUGAAAAAUUUAAUGCAAUAGCUGAUGAGCGGAUAAAGCUUGGUUUGAUUGAUCAGAAGCGUGGGAGCAACCACUUUCAGGUUGAUUCUACUGGAACACGUGAGACUGGUUCCUUGCUAAAGGAACCUGAUCUAGUCCUUGGAAGGGACGAGGCGAAAGACGAGAUUGUGAAAAUAUUGGUGAAUCAAGUCAGAGAUAAUCAAAAUGUAUCAGUGCUCCCUAUAGUGGGUGUUGGAGGCCUUGGAAAGACAACACUUGCCCAAUUGGUGCUUAAUGAUGAGCGCAUAGCCAAGCAUUUUGAGCCAAAACUCUGGGUUUGGGUCUCAGAGGAUUUCAAUGUGAAGAGGAUUAUAAAAGCCUUAAUUAAUUCAAUACGCGAGACUCCUGUUGAAGAAUUAGAAUUGGAUCCUCUGCAAAGAAAACUUCAAGAGUUGUUGAGAGGGAAAAGAUACUUGGUUGUACUGGAUGAUGUUUGGAAUGAGAAUCUAGAGGAAUGGGAGAAACUGAAAUCUGUUCUGGAAUGUGGAUCAAGAGGUAGUUCAAUCAUCAUGACAACUCGCAUGGAGAAGGUUGCCACAAUAAUGGGCACAUUAAAAACAUAUUAUCUGUCGAGUUUGUCAGAGAAUCAGUGUUGGUCACUGUUUAGGCAACGGGCAUUUGGCCGUCAAGAGGCUGAAGAAUAUCCUAACCUUGUAGUUAUCGGAAAAGAGAUUGUGAAAAAAUGUGGUGGUGUUCCGCUGGCUGCAAAGGCUCUUGGAGGCUUUCUACGAUUUAAAAGGGGAGAAAAUGAAUGGAACUCUGUGAAAUGCAGUGAAAUCUGGAACUUACCUCAAGAUACAACACAUAUCUUGCCCGCGUUGAGAUUGAGCUACCUUAAUCUUCCGAUAGAGUUUAGAGGUUGCUUUGCAUAUUGUGCAGCAUUUCCUAAGGGCUAUGAAAUUGAAAUAGAAGAGGUAAUACAUUUGUGGAUGGCAAAUGGAUUGAUUUCAUCUAAUGAAACGAUGGAAGUGGAAGAUGUUGGUGUUGCUGUGCUGACUGAACUAUAUUAUAGAUCACUAUUCCAAGCAGUAAAGGAAGAUGAAUUUGGCAAUGCCCUCACUUUUAAGAUGCAUGACCUUGUCCAUGAUCUGGCUCGAUCAGUAACGGAGGCUAAACACGGUGGAACAGAGUCAAACAGAACCAUGAUAUUAGGUAUGCCAAAUCAUCAGCUAACAGUGGCUUUUCCUAUUACAAUCACAGGCAUUGACCAAUGCUCUUCUUUCUUGUCAAACUGUGGCUCCCUGAGGGCUCUCAUGGUAAAGUCUAUGAAGGAGGAUGAAGUGCCUAGGAAUUUUUUAAAUGCAAUAAGCAAACUGAAACAUUUAAGGCAUCUGGAUCUUUCAAGAUCUUUAACUGUUGAACUACCCAAUUCAAUUUGUGACUUGUGGAAUUUGCAAAUUUUGAACCUAAAUUAUUCUCUCAUUCUUUGGAGUCUACCCAAGGGCAUGAGAUUCCUCAGAAAUCUUCGACAUCUUUGUCUACAUGGGUGUUGGAGUUUGACUUACAUGCCAAGUGGAAUUGGGAAGCUGACUUGCCUACGGACAUUGGGUAUGGUCGUCCCGAGUGGCAAAAAAGGCUUCCGACUAAGUGAGUUGCGAGACUUAAAUAUGCUUAGAGGAGGGCUAACAAUUAUGCACCUUGAGAGGAUUGAAGACAAAAAGGAUGCAGAAGAAGCUUGCUUAAUUAAAAAACAGAGUCUCCGCGGGUUGAAUUUGCAUUGGGAUUCCGAAAGAAAUAUUCAACGGUACAAUGAUGAGGAAGUGCUCGAAGCCCUCAAACCCUGCCCCAACCUUCAACUGCUGCGUGUCCUAGGCUUCAACGGUUCAUCAUUUCCAUCUUGGAUUUCAACUGUAACAGAAGUUGCUGUGAAAGAAAGUGCAGCGGAGUACAUAGUUGGGGCCUGGGAGAGCACUGCUGCUGCUGCUGCAAUGUCCCCUUCUUCGUUGAAACAGCUGGAGUUAAAGAACAUGCCCAACCUAAAAGGAAUGUUAGGAAGAGAAGUCCAAGGUACUCCAGGGGUGUUCUCUCAACUUCAAUCCUUGUCCUUUGGGGAUUGCCCAACGUUGACAUUGCCAUUGCCACGUAUGCCAUCCCUAAAGAAGUUAAGCAUCUCGAGCUGCCCGAAUAUGGCAUGGGCUUCAAUCUCCAAUCUCGCUAGUCUUAACUCCCUUAAAAUUAAGAACAUUAAAGGAUUGAGUUGUUUUCCAGAAGAGAUGCUACAAAAUCUUAGUCUUCUUGAAUCGCUGACAAUUAGGGAGAUAUGGGAUCUGCUAGCCCUACCCAGAAGCUUGGCUAGCCUCAAGGCUUUGAAGGAAUUGACCAUCAAGCACUCUCCCGAGCUGGAGUCUCUGCCAGAAGAAGGAUUGCGAGGCCUUGCUUCUUUGCAGGAACUACAUUUGGUCGACUGCUAUAAUUUGGUGAGCCUCUCAAUGGGGACUAAAGCCCUCAAAUCCCUGACUCAUCUAAGCAUCCAAGGGUCAUACGCGACAGCUCUGCCAGAAGAAGUCAAAUAUUUCCCCGCACUACAAAAACUGGAGUUGGAUGAUUUUCCCAAUCUAACUUCAUUGCCAGACUGGUUUGGAGACCACCUCACUUCUCUUCAACACCUGGAACUAGUCAAAUGUCCGGAGCUUGAAACACUUCCAUCCAGCAUUCAAAUGAUGACGACACUCCAAAGUUUGACAAUAACUUGGUGCAAUCUACUGGGACCACGGUGUGAAAGGGGAGGAGAGGAAUGGCACAAAAUUAAGCAUAUUCCGGAUGUGACAAUUACGGGGCCUGAAUUUGAAUUGUGUACUAUUUUGUAAGUGUAGAGAGAGAGAGAGAGAGAGAGAGAGAGAGUUAUUUGAUCUUCUUUUUUUUUUGGCUAGUGCAUAUGUCAGUUUUUUUAAAGAACCAAAAAAAAUCCCCUUUAACUGGUUCGGACAGUGAUAUGAAAAAAAAGUAGCAUCUUUGUUCUAAA